AUCACAUGACAAAGUAGUGCGUCUCUAUUCUGUGUCCCACCAUUCGUACUCAAAAACCCUUCGACGAAGCUCUCUCUGUGUGCCAUGUCUUCUGUUAUGGAGUUUGCUUCUCAAGAGACCCAUGAGAACAGCGAUGACCAACACCUAGAUUUUGAUUUCAUUCUUCACAUGGAUCUAACGGCCGCCAAUUUGUCACUUCCUAACGAAACUGUCCUCAGAGCAGCCAUUUCUCUCAAGGACAAGGUGGUGGAGAUGACGUGGAAAGGGAGUCGCCGUAUUACGGGUCCGGUGGUUGACCCGACAAUUUAUUCAGGUUUACUAGGUACAGUUUUCACCUGCUUGCGUUCUUACGAGGUUACUGGAAACCAGCAAGACUUGCUGUUGUGCUCGGAGAUUGUUGAUACGUGUCUCGCUGCCGCACCUGCAUCUUCAAGGCAUGUGACUUUUUUAUGUGGUAGAGGUGGAUUAUAUGCUCUUGGAGCUGUGGUUGCUAAUCUCAAAGGAGACCAACAAGGACGCAACUUGUUUUUGAAUCUCUUCCUUGAGGUAGCCCAAGAGAGAGCCCUUCCAAUCGGACCCGAGGAAGGUGGAUUUGGAAUGUCUUAUGACCUUAUGUAUGGACGAGCAGGAUUUCUAUGGGCUGCUUUGUUUAUAAAUAAGUACCUUGGAGAAGAGACAUUGCCAAGUGAUCUUCUGCUGCCUGUUGUUGAUGCAAUAUUAGCUGGAGGAAGGGCAGGAGCAUCUGACAAUCCAGCCUGCCCCUUGAUGUAUAGAUGGCAUGGGACAAGGUAUUGGGGUGCAGCCAAUGGCCUUGCUGGAAUCUUGCAAGUGCUACUUCACUUUUCUCUCGGCCAAGAGGAUGCAGAGGAUGUUAAGGGGACUUUAAGGUAUAUGAUGAGCAACAGGUUCCCUCUUAGUGGAAAUUACCCAUCAAGUGAAGGAAACUCAAGGGACAAAUUAGUGCAGUGGUCUCAUGGUGCAACUGGCAUGGCCAUCACCUUAUGCAAGGCAUCACAGGUUUUUCAAAAUGAUAGAGAAUUUCGAGAUGCUGCUAUAGAAGCAGGGGAAGUUGUAUGGAAGAGUGGGAUAGUGAAGAAGGUGGGACUUGCUGAUGGCGUAGCUGGAAAUGCAUAUGCCUUCCUUUCACUUUUCCGUCUUACAGGAGAUGCCGUAUAUGAAGAGCGAGCAAAAGCAUUUGCAAGCUUCUUGUAUCACAAUGCAACUAAACUUGUAGCUGGAGGACAUGGUAGCAGAGCUGAUUAUUCCUACUCUCUUUUUGAAGGACUCGCUGGAACAGCUUGCCUCUGGUUUGAUCUUCUUGAACCUGAAAGGUCCAGGUUCCCAGGUUUUGAACUUUAGGUGAGAGUUGAGUAUGUUCAGUUGAAAUCUAUAUUAUCAGCGCGAAAUGUAAAUCUAAUUCACAUAUGACUAGACCUGGAGUUGGAUCUUUCCGGGGGGUUUGAUUUAGCUUUUGACACGUGUGAUUGUACAAAUGUUAUUGCUCCUGUAAGCUUAGCAUGAUGGUGUUGGUGGGCGAAUAUGUGAGCAAAAUCUGCAAAUUUUAAAUUUUCCUUGCACUUUUUGUUUAUAAUAGUAAUAAAAAGUUUCUUUUAUGUA